UUUCGGAUACGUAGGCGACGUAGGCCGUCGAUUACGGUCGAUUACCACGUUCACUAGUUCCACUAGUUGCAAUUGUAGAGGUUAGAAGUACGUAUGAAAGAAUAGAUAUCGGUUGUGAAAAUCCAUGAAUAAUGGAAUCGGUUGCAAUGAACAUUGACAAGAAGCAGGAUGACUUCAGGCCACGCCCAUAUCAGGAGCAGCUGAUGAACAUCGCAAAGGUGCAGAACACCAUCAUUUACCUCCCAACAGGUUCAGGAAAAACAUUCAUAGCAGUGAUGCUUAUCAAGGAAAUGUCAUCCAGCCUUGACAAGGGCAAGCACACCUUCUUUGUGGUAAAUACAGUGGCACUAGUGAGUCAACAGGCUGCAUACAUCAGGCGGCACUCACAUCACAGUGUGGGGGAGUACUCUGGGGAUCUGAAUGUGGACUUAUGGUCCAAAGAGAAGUGGCAGGAGGAGUUGUUAGGCCAUCAGAUCAUGGUGAUGACAUGUCAGAUAUUCCUGAACCUUCUGCUGCAUGGUUACAUAAAGUUGUCGGAUAUAAACUUGCUCAUAUUUGACGAGUGCCACCAUGCCGUAAAUGACCAACCGAUGCGACAGGUUAUGCAGCAGUUUGAGCAUUGCCCUCCAGAACUGCAGCCUCGUAUUCUUGGACUGACAGCCACCCUGCUUAACAGCAACUGUAAACCUGAACGUGUCGAUGAAGAGGUCCGGUCCCUUGAGACAACGUUCCUGAGCAAGGUGGCUACAUGUGAGAACAUGCCUCUCGUGGACAGGUACUCUACAAAUCCUACUGAGAAGGUGGUGAAGUAUAGCAUAGAUAAGAAGACCCCAGGCCUGUCAGUUCUGGAGAAGGGGCUUAAACUAUUGAAGAAUAUUCAGGAGUUUGUGCAAAGCAUCCAGUUUGAAUGUGACCAAGUUGUGCCACCUCAUGAACGACCACCCAACACAGUGCUCAUGGACACAAGUCAGGGGAAGAUGAACAAGAAGCUAAAGAAUCUUCUCACAGAUGUUAUUUUUCACAUUGAGAUGCUGGGGAUGUUUGGUGGCAGUCAGGCAUGCCUUGCGCACAUCAUACAGUUUGAGCGCUUGCGCAAGAAGGCACAGGAGAGCCUCACGAAAAAUGUGUUCAUGGCACUGAUCACUACCCUUGUGGCAGUGAGGAAGCUGUUUGAGGAUGAAAUGUCUGACUGCGUGGUGAAGUCGCAAAUCCACAAAUACUCGUCCUACAAGGUGCUGACUCUGUUGGAAGUGCUGAGAAGUGCAAUGCCAAAGGAGACUGUUAAUGAUGACUCUGGUGGCAGUGUCAAUGAACUCAGUGAUGAUUAUGUGUCACGCAUCCUUGCGCAUGAGAAGAAGAAGAUGAAGCCCUGUGCCAUUGUGUUUGUCGAACGGCGAUUCACAGCCAAGGUCCUAUGCUUGUUGCUUAAGGCUCUAAAGGAGGCGGACAGCGAUUUUGAUUACAUCAACCCAGACUUCAUCGUUGGGUUCAAUAAUAACCCUUUUAAUGAUACAAGGGAAGGUGCUUUGGAAAAGAAAUGGAACCGGGACUGCAUGAGGAGGUUUUUGAGAGGUCAAACAAACGUGCUAGUGGCAUCUGACGUGCUGGAGGAAGGUAUUGAUAUUCAGAAGUGCAACCUCGUUGUAAAGUUUGAUGUGCCAAGGAACUACCGUUCGUACAUUCAGUCAAAGGGAAGAGCACGCCACCGAAGCAGCCAGUAUAUCAUGAUGGUGCCUUGUAUCACCACUGGGGUCCCAUUCAACACAAAAUACAACAUCUACAGGGCCACAGAGAAUGCAAUGCAGACUUUGCUCAUUGGGCGCACAGAGGGAUGCCAGGAGCCGGACAACCUGGAAAUUGCCACAGAGCAGUAUGACCAUUUGGCCCCUCCAUUUCUGACGUCCUGCUCAAAGGUGACUCUUGCAUCUGCCAUUCCCCUGAUCAAUUGGUACUGCUCCAUGCUGCCUCAAGAUAAGUUUACACAGCUGGCACCAUUGUGGUACCUAGGGAAAGGUAAAGAGAAGUGCACUAGAAUUGUGUUUCUUCAGCUGCCAAUGAACAGUCCAUUGCGAGAACUUGUUCAGGGAAACGCAAUGCCAACAAAGAAGCUGGCAAAGCGAUCCGUUGCUUUGGAGACCUGCAUAAAGCUGUACAAAAUGGGCGAGCUCAAUGAACACUUGCUGCCUCGUGAUCGUCAGGAAACCCUGUUGACUUGUCCUGAACUCUUCCCCCUGUUUAGGGAAGUAGAAAUGGAAGAUGGUCCACGACCUGGAACCAAGAAGAGCAAGCAAGUUUAUCGCAAGGAAUAUCCAGCAGCACUGAGUGAGUGCCGUCCCAGAGAGGGGAUUGUACUAUACCUGCACACUAUUGAACAGCGACCUGUCUACCCUCGACCUGAUGCUACAAACAACCGCAAGCUUGUCUUCUACAACCUGUUGCACCAAAGUGAAGGUUUUGCUGUUCUUUCCGCAAAGAUGAUGCCCAAGCUCUGUGACUUCCCAAUCUUCAUGAACGUGGGGGAACUUAGAGUCCACAUUGAGAACAAUGCAGUAUGCCUGCAUCUGACACAUGAAGAUAUUCAGGAUCUGGAGGCUUUCAAUGCCAUGCUAUUCAGAGAACUGCUGAAACUGAUGCGGACAUUCAUGGUGGUUGACAAGGACAACAAAGAGAACUCAUACUUUGUGGUGCCCACACGUCUCGGAGAGGACAGGUGUCCUGAGAUCAUGUGGGAUGUCGUCAGGCAGGGGAGUAACUUGCUGAACAUCCAGAGACCGAGCAGAGAGGAAUGUAGGACACUGGAGGUGACAGCGAUGCUGUUCGAGAAUAAUGUUGUGGCUCCAUGGUAUCGCAGUGUGCCUCACCAGAAUUACAUCGUGACUCAAGUGUGCUCAGACCUGACUUCAUCCAGCCCAUUCCCCUCAGAGGACUACACUUCCUAUGAGCAUUAUUACAGCCAGAAAUAUGAGCUGGACAUCAUUAACAAGGAUCAGCCCCUGCUGGAAGUCAAAGCAAUCCCCAACCACCUGAACUGUCUACGGCCAAAGGGCACCAAGGUAAGCAGUGGUGCAAGCAGACGUAAGCGACAUGAACUGCAGGAAGACUUUGAGGAGAACUUGGUUGCCGAGCUGUGUGUGCGAUUUGAGUUCCCAUCUGUCCUGUGGCUCAAGGCCACAUGCCUGCCCUCCAUCCUGCACCGUAUAACCUAUCUUCUCUUGGCCGAGGAGCUACGUCAGAAUAUUAUGCGUGACAUUGGAGUUGGAUGUGUUGAGCUUCCACCAGACAUGGAGUGGAAGCCCCUGUCAGUGGAUCAGUGCUGUACGAAGGAGGAACAGAGGUCAAGCUCACCUCCCAAGAUCACUGGCAUGGAAUCUCUGCAAAGGGCUGAACCAGCCAACCCCGUAACAUCCACUUUGUUUGACUGGGGUGAUGAUAAGGAGCCGGUCGACAUUGACCGUAACAUGGCAGAUGUGACACUCGUUGAGGUUCUGAACUAUGAUGAAUUCAUCAGUAAGCCUCUCAGCAACAGGCUUGCUGUGCAUGGUCUCCAUAGCAAUGAUGUCAGCCCUGCUGUGAGUUGUGAUGAUGAGGCAGAGAGUGAUGUGCAGAUUGCCAUCCUCAACACCAGUAUCAAUGGGAUUGGACCCCAGCAGUGUGACAUUCUGCAGGCACUCACCAGCUCCUCUGCAAACGACAUCCUGAAUCUGGAGCGUCUGGAGACCUUGGGUGACUCAUUUCUGAAGCUGAUGUCUUCGCUUUAUUUGUUCCGGCGUUAUGGGCUUGUGAACGAGGGAAAGCUCACAUGUAUCAAAGGCAAGAUGGUUGGGAACCGGAACUUGUACUACAUUGGUGAUGCACGCAAGCUGGGAGGAUUGAUGAAGGUACAUGACUUUGGGUCAGCAUCUGACUGGAUUCCGCCCGGCAUGUGUGUGUACCGCAAGCUGCAGCAGGUGAUGCGGGAUGCCAGCGUCAGUCCCAAUAUACUGUAUGAGCUGCACAUCCCUACAGAGGAACAGCUGAGCGGUCAGCUCAGCCGUGCAACGCUAACCAACAUUGAGCAGAAGAUGUUAUCUACAGAUGACGAUAGGGGCAUCCACUCAUCCAUGGAGAAUUUCCUGUCUUUGCAGACUGUCUCUGAUAAGACCAUUGCUGAUGGUGUCGAGGCACUCAUCGGUGCUUACCUCAAGGGCAGUGGUAUUCGUGGUGCCCUGAAAUUACUGGUCUGGCUUCAAGUACUGCCUGCCACAAUUGCGGCUCCAGAGUAUCUGCUUGACACGCCACCACCAAGUGCCCGCCUGACAGAUGGAGAAAUUGAGCUACACCUAGAAGGGGUCAGUGAACUUGAACGUCGACUGGAUUACAAGUUUCGAGACCGUUCAUUCCUCUUGCAGGCAGUCACACACGCAUCGUACUCGGCCAACCGUGUCACAGACUGCUACCAGCGACUAGAGUUCCUGGGUGAUGCAGUUCUAGACUUCCUCAUCACGUGUCAUAUAUAUGAGUCAUGUGGCCUGCUGACGCCUGGAGAGCUUACUGACCUGCGGUCAGCACUUGUCAACAAUGUGACCUUUGCAUCACUGGCUGUUCGCAAUGGAUUCCACAAAUUCAUGAAAUACACUUCACCUAAGCUUAUGGACAUGAUUGAUAAUUUUGUUACAUUCCAGGAGGAGCACAAUCAUGUUGUAAAUGAGGAGGUGCUGCUCUUGCUGGAGGAACAGGAUGUACACAUCGCUGAGGCUGUACAAGUGCCAAAAGUUCUAGGUGAUAUUUUUGAGUCUCUUGCUGGUGCUAUCUACCUAGACAGCGGCCUGGACCUGCAGGAGGUGUGGCGUGUCUACUACAGGCUGAUGAGGACAGAGAUUGCCCAGUUCAGCAAGUGUGUGCCAAAGCAGCCAGUGCGCCUUUUGUAUGAGCAGGCUACACAGCCACCCACAUUCCUACCAAGCAGACAAGUAGAUGUUGGCACAAUGGUUACUGUGGGUGUGUUCAUCAAAGGCAAGAAGCGCUGGUUCCAUGGCUUUGGAGAAACAAAGGUACAGGCAAAGCGUGCUGCUGCCAAGUGUGCCCUCAAGGAACUCAGCCCCAGAUAGACUCCGGGAGGAGCUGAAUUCGUUUGACUGUGCACUUUGUUAUUUAACUCUCAUGCCAAUCUUGAUACAGGCUACCAGCUGAUUGCAGUGCCUCUCAGAUUAUGACAGGCAAAUGUAACCUACAUGUCGCCAUAUAGAGUGGUGCAUUUUUCUGGACAGAUGUUAUCUCCAGUCAGACAUGGUAUGUAAACAUCUAAGUCCAUGUGUAGCAAUGCCUCUAGCCAGAUGCAGAAAUAACAGGAAACAGCAGUUGUGUGUAGAUGCAGUACUGCUGUCUUCCAUUGGACAAAUAGUAAUGUAAUGUUAUUUUGGGUGAACCUACUAGAUUUAGAGGACGUGAAUUCACACAGGAUUAUCCACUGUCUCAAAGAGAGUAUGGGAGUAUCUUCAGGCUGAAAUGUAAUGUCUAGAUUCUACAGCAGUUUUAUGUUUUCUUAUCAUGAACAGCUUCAGGAGUUUCAGCUGUUUGAACAGCUGGCAUUGAACACCUCCAGAUCUUUAGUAUCUUCAUUGUGUUCUAUGGUAUCUGUGUUGGCCCGAACAUGUUGCAGCACUUGAGUGCAAUAAUAUGGGUACAAGCCUGUGCAUUAUUGUAUGUUAACAGAAACAGAGGUUGUGUCAGCUUCUUAGAGGUGAAGAGAGGCAGUGUUGUCUGUUGGUGGUUCAUACCAAGUCUGGAGCCAAGAGUUCAAGACACUUGAUCCUUGACCGAGAGAUCAGUUAUGUUCCAAAGCCCUGUUCAUAAGUCAGGUCACUGUUAAUUUGAAGAAGUCACUAUUCUGCCGUUAAAUUAAUUAUUGCUUAUGGAAAUGAGUUCUAAUCCGAGUUAUAUCUGGUUGUUUGUAAGUCAAGUUUUUUGUAUGUCGAGUGCACAAGUGUACGUCUAUCCAGUGCACUUUGUUACUUGGCCAUUUAUAACAUAUAAUUUGCUGAGAGAAGUGUGGAGUCAAGCAGAACAAUAUUGAUUCUUUUUAAGUAUUCUUGGUGACAUAAUGAGUUUUGCAGAAAUCAGCCAAUCAGAUCAGAGCACAAAAGAUGCUGCACAGCAUCUUUUGUGGAAGUUGAGUGGAUGUCUAGCAGACUGUUGUUGGAGUAUGUGUUCCUCAGUCAGAAUGUGAAAGUCAGCCCUUUGCUCAUGUUACUGUAUUGGAUGUGGCAGCAGCUCUUGGGUUUACCCUGCUGUAUGAUGGUAGGGUGCGUAUUGUUACUUGGCAGUCUGUAGCCUGUGCUUUUUAUGUUGGCAGAGAAAUUUAUUUAAAAGUAAGUGAUACUGCCAGCAGGAGAGAGAGGGUGCUAUUACUUGUGCAAUGCCGUUUCACUUGGCAGUGUGGAUAUACCUAAUUAUUGACAGAAAUGGCAGCAUUGCCCUGCGACCAGUAAAAUCUCAUCAACUCCGAGUCAUGAUUGCAGUUUAUGCAGAGCUCAAACUAGUUGCAGCGCCAUGGGAUCUGCAUUCUGCUGUUUCAGACUGAUGUGUAAUGAAUGGCUGUAUCCAUUAUGGAGCAUGCUUGCUGCAUGCAUGCACAUGGUUUAGAGAAGCCAUCAUGACUACAAUGAUAUACUUUUGUUCUUACUCAGAAGUUUGAAAUGUAAGUGCAGUGAAACAUAUUGGAGAAACAUGGAGACAGGCUGUUAACCUGCUGGUAGCACUUGUGCAGGUACAGAUAUGGGCUGAGUAAGUCCAUUGUCUGCAUAAUUUUCUACUGGUGCUCGAUACUGAAAUAUGCAGUAUGUCCAUGCUGUCACACUGUUGGUCUGUGCAUGGACCUUCCCUCCACAGACCUAACAGAGAGCACAAGAUAUUUACCGAGUUCUCAUCAUUAUGUAUGGUAGCCACAGCUGUGAAAAUGGUGUAUGUGCUGCCGAGUUUCUGGAUGUGAUUUUAAUUAUUGUAAUUUGAUUUUAUUAUCUCUUCCACACUUAUGCCAUUGGACUUUAAUUUCUUAACUUCAAUGUUAUUCCUUUAACUGUUUCACCAUCACAAACUGAUUAGAUCAGUUCGGCAUACUUGUGGCAAAACUACCACAGCUGAAAAGACCAGCUUGAUGUUAAUAACUUAGUACAGGGUUUUUAUCGCUAGAGGGCAUCAGGUGUUAAGUAAUAAUAUGCAAAUGACAUGUCACAAUAUGUUAAGUAUGCAUUUGCAAGGAAAGCAUCGAUAUGUUAUUAACUGUAUUCCUUUUGAUUUAUACUAGUAGAUUAGAAGCAUCUAUCUGGGUGUGAUAGCUUAGCACAAAGUUUAACUUUCUGGAGUAUCUCUUUUUAUGGUUUUCUUACAGGAAACUUAAACUUCCAUUGUUCCAGUAACUGUUCAUUUCUGUACCUGUUGGAAGUUUUUGUUUUCUUGUGGAUUGACUGAAUGUACUGUUGGAAGGAAGUGAGCAGUAAAUUCCUUGUACUAUCUUGCUGUCUGAUGCGUCCAUAGAAUUGGAAGGUGUAAGAUGCACUGUAUUGCAUGUCACUGGUACAGUGUGCAUUGGGUGCAACUCUCUUCCAGUCUGAUUCAUGAACUGUCUUGCCUUGACUUGCUCUCUGUUAUAUUUUUAUUAAAGUCUGAUGUGAAAUGUUA